AUGGAAGUCUACCAAUCCCGGAUCGACAGCUUCAACAAGCCGAAACGAAUCAAGCCGCCCAGCGCCAAACGCGCGACGACCGUCAAAUGGCCGCACCCGUCCAAAGUCGAGGCCCUCGCCGAAGCCGGCUUCUUCUGGUCGCCGACGCCCGAAGACAAAGACAACGUGGAGUGCUUCCUGUGCGGCAAGACGCUAGCGGGGUGGGAGGACGACGACGACCCGCUCGAGCUGCACUGGGAGAAGUGCAGGGAUAAGUGCGGGUGGGCGGCGAGUCGGUGUGGGUUGGUGAGGGAUCAGGAUCGGAAGGGAAACUUUGUGUUUAGGGACGCGGAGAGGUUGCCGACGGGUAAGGCUAUGGAGAAGGCGCGGCUCGCCACUUUCAAGGUCGACACGCCCUGGCCGCACGACGGCGUAAAGGGCCACGGCGCUUCCUCGUCCAAGAUGGCCCACGCAGGCUUCGUCUACACCCCAACAGCCGUCGGCGACGACACCGCAACAUGUCUCUACUGCCUCGUCUCCCUCAAUGGCUGGGAAGACGACGACGACCCACUAGAAGAACACCGCAAACGCGUCUCAAAAUCCGCGCUCUCCUGCGCCUACUUCACCUCCCAAGCCUCGACUUCCACCUCAUCCACCUCCGACCUCUCACGCUCAACAACGACAAAUAACGUCAAGAAACCCUCCUCGCUCUCCAAAUCCCGCUCCAAAUCCCGCUCGCGCGCGCCCGCGUCCGACGCGGAAUCCGGUGACGACUUUGAUCCAGAGCCCGAACGAGCGCCAGCGCCUAAAUCGCGCGCACGUGUGACGUCCACCGCGAGCCAGCCCGACUCGCUUAGGCGCUCGACGCGGCGGGCGCCGACAUCCCAAUCGCAGCCGCAAGAAGAGGCUGUCGUCCCGCGGCGCACGCGCACGACUUCGACUACGAGCACGAAUGGCGCGGACAGCCUGCGCCGCUCGACGCGCCGUGCGCCUGCCUCACAGUCUCAGCAGGACGAAGAGGACGACGGGGCGGAGUUUGGGUUGAAUGCCAGUACGCGGUCCACGCGGGGCACGGGGAGAGGCAAGAAAGAGAAGGAGAGGGUCGAGACUAUUGCGGAGGAGGAGGACGAGGAGGAUGAGGGCGCUAGUGCGCCUAUUAGGAGGGCGGGCGUUAAGAAGGGUGUGGGCAAGAAGGCGAGGGGGAAGACGAAGGUCGAGGAGUUGAGCGAUUAUGACGAGGUAGAAGAGGAGGAGGAGGAGAAGCCGAAGCCCGCGGCGAAGGGCAAGGCGAAGGCGAAGGGGAAACAAUUACCGCCUACGCCGCCGCCCGAGCCGGAGCAGGAGGAAGAGGACGAGGACGAACUGCAGCUCGCGCCGAAAGCCAAAGCCAAAUCGAAGGACAAAGCGAAGGACAAACCGAUCCCGCUCUACGCCUCCGACUCUGCAGAUGAGCAAGAUGGACCGCCACCGCCUCCUCCGCCCGCGAAGAAGAAACCGUCCUCAGGCGCGACGAAGCGCAAGACCCAAGCCGACGAAGAUAACGAAACCUCUGCGCCACCCGCAAAACGCGCCUCCAAGGGCAAGCUCUCAGCCGCGAAAGAAAAGGAAAAAGCGAAAGGGGAGGAGGAAAGCGGCGCGAUCAGCGUCCCGUCGUCCGACGCCGAGAUGCUCACGGCAGAAGACGCCUCGCCCGAGCCAGUCCCCGCCACGAAGAGGCUACGCGGCUCGUCCGUCCAGCGCGCCUCGUCGCAGCGCGGGUCGUCCUCUUCGCUCCGCGGAUCCUCCCAACAGCGCGGCUCGUCGGUCCAGCCUCAGCCUCCGCCUUCGCGCUCCAGCUCGCAGCAGCCCGCACAGACCAAACCCGCCCGGGGCUCGUCGGUUAAACCUGUUGAACGUGCAUCGUCUGUGAAGCCUCCCGAACGCACUUCAUCUGUGAAACCCCUUGAACGCGCCCAAUCCGUACAACCUCAACCUCCCCGCAGCCGCACCGCCACAGCCGAAGCGCCCCGAAGCCGUACUGCGACGGCAGAAGCCCCCCGCUCACGCACGACGACGGCCGAAAAGGAAAAGGCCACGCGCCCGCCUAGCGCGAGCGAGAAGUUGGCUGCGAUGCGGAGUCGGACUGCGACGGCUGAGGGCGCUGUUGAUGGUGGGGUUGCGUUUCCGAUUGUGGAGGAGAGGGAGGAGAUGGAGGAGAUGGACGUGGAUGAUUCGGAGACGGAGAGGAGGGCUGAGAGGAAGAGUCAGAGGGAGUCGGUGAGGAGUCAACGCGAGGCGGAUAGGAGUCAGCGGGGGGUGGAUAGAAGUCAGCGGGAGGCUGAUCGUAGUCAGCGGGAGGACGAUCGCAGUCGGAGAGACAUUGAGAAGAGGGAGAGGGAGGAGAGCGGCAAAGAGCGUGGACGCGCGGACAAGAUGGCUGUGGACAACGCUCCACCGCCGGUCAGGCCACCGCGCUCGCCGCAGCGGCCACGGUCAAAGAAGGAGGAAGACGCGGAUGUGGACAUGGAGCUGCCGCCGUCGAGUCUCCAGACAAUACCGAGCUCGCAACCCGUACCCUCAUCAUCCCAACUGCGUCCACCGACUUCACAGUCCAUGCAAACGCUCCCCUCGUCCCAAGUUCUCCCAGAAUCUCAAAGCUCGUUCGCAACCUUACCCCCCUCGUCUUCAGCUCCCAGCAUGGCCAAUGGUGUCAACGGGACGAUCGGGCAUCUGGACGACGUCGCAGAGGAGAACGAAGAUGAUGCGGACGAGGGAGAGAAGCCCAGUGCGAGUAUGAGCGCCGAGGAGCGCGAUAUGACCGUUGAGCAGUGGAUCCGGCGCGAGGUGCAGCUGAAUGCGGACGCGUUUCAGAGGGAGGGCGACGCGCUUAUUGCGGCGGUCAGGGCGCAGGCGGAGGAGGCGCGUCGGCAGAUCGAAGCGUUAUAG